AUGAUCUGGAGGUCGGCCGAGGCUAAGAUGAGUUUGGUGGGCGCAUCGGCUGGCACGCUGGAUGCCAUGGGGAGCACGCUGGGCGUAGUCGUAAGGGCGGACCCGUCGCAAGCCGCCAGGAGCUUGAUGUACGUCACUGUGCUGGCCGAGGUCCACGGUUGGAGCUCGAGCGGCGCGUCGGUCCUGGACUGCCUGGAGCGGCUCGCGGGCCUCGCUGCGCGCUGCGAGAGGCUUGGUCGCUCGCGGCUGCGGAUGGGCUGCAAAGCCGAGGGCGACGUGCUUCCGCGCGGAGGCGUAGCCUACGCCAUGGCUGCGCAGUCGCUGAGGGAGAAGGCGUCGUCGCGGGGCCUCCCCAGCAGCGGACGGGGUGCUGGGGCACUUCUUGUUCAAGGACUUGCUCUGCAUGCCUGUCGGGGCGGGCUGCCUGCCGCCCCCUGCGGCCGUGGCCGAGUGAGUGCCGCGCGAUUGAUGGCGCGCCGCCUCCGCUGCACUUGCAGGGUGCUGCUGGGUUCCGCUGCUGCGUUGCUCGUCGGCGUGGCCCCUGCCACAACCACCACGUCUACUCGAAGGGGAGUUCGACAUCUUCGGUGUCUUCGAUCCGCGGUCCUGAGGAUUUAG